GGGAGGGGGCCAGCGGACGGCCCGGCCACUACCGGCCUGCAAACCGAGGUCUGUAUAAAACAGUCUGCGGUUUUGGAGGAGGCAUCAGUCGCAUCCAGCAGCCGAUACCAGACAACAUGAACUCCCUCAUCGCCCUCCCCCUCUUCUUCGCCGCCGUCUCGGCUGGCUUCCUGGGUAGCCCCGCAGUGGCCCCUGUGGCGUACUCCAGCCACUCCACCUCCACCGUCCACGGCGCCCAGCUGGCGUACUCCUCCCCUGUGGUCCACGCCGCCCCCGCCGUGGCCUACUCCUCCCCUGUGGUCCACCACGCCCCUGCUGUGGCCUACUCCUCCCCCGUGGUGCACGCCGCCCCCGCUGUGGCCUACUCCUCCCCUGUGGUCCACGCCGCCCCCGCUGUGGCCUACUCCGCCCCUGUGGUCCACGCCGCUCCUGUGGUUAAGACCAUCGCCCCCGUCGCCACCUCCUACCAGAACACCUACAAGGUGUCCCGCUCCGCUGUGGCUGUUGCCCCCGUUGCCACCUACGCUGCCGCCCCCGCCUACACCACCUACGCCGCGGCCGCCCCCGUUGUGAAGAGCUACAGCUACGCCGCCCCCGCUCCCAUCAUCAAGAGCUACGCCGCCCCCGUCGCCACCUACGCCGCUGCCCCCGCGUACUCCACCUACGCGGCCGCCCCCGCCUACUCCACCUACGCCGCUGCCGCCCCCGUCAUCAAGAGCUACGGCUACGCCGCCCCCGCCUACACCAGCGCGUACGCCGCCGCCCCCCUUGCCCACACCACCUACCUGCACUAAGUCAAACCUGCUGUGUCGCGACUGAUGCGAAAAAAGUUCCUAUAUUUUUUUUCGAUGCCCUAGCUCAAUAAAUUAAAUUAUUGCCGAUAA